AUGAGCGCAAAUGGAAAACCAGCAGUCACGGAGUCGGUCGCUGCAACUCCGUCACAAAGCAGCGAUAAAAUCAGCACAAGCGACGGGCACUCAGUGGACGUUGACGGCAGCCUAAGCCCCGACCGGCUGGCCGAGCUGGUAGCGGACAAGGACCUGGAGGCGCUCCUGCAGCAGCUCAACGUCGACUCUGAAACCGGCAUCGUCCCGUUGCGCCCCGGCGAGUCACUCAGCGCACUGGAAAAGACGCCAACGCGGGCGGCGGAAAUUGCCAACGAGCUGGCGCGGGAGCAGACGACGACGAGUGGCGAAAUUCGGGUCAACAUUCUGCCGCCGGUCAAGUCGCGGUCGUUCCUGGGCCUGGUGUGGGAUGCGCUGCACGACAAAAUGCUGAUUCUUCUGGUGGUCGCGGCGAUCGUGUCCCUGGGCAUCGGCAUCUACCAAGACGGGUUUGCAAUUAUUGUGGCGAUUUCGGUGGUGACACUGCAGUUCCGCCGCCUCAACGCCAAAAAGAACGACCGGCGGGUGCGGGUGACACGCGGCGCACAGGAGCGCCUGGUCUCGACCAACUGCAUCAUGGUCGGCGACAUUCUGCACAUUGAGCCCGGAGACAUUCUGUGCGCCGACGGAGUCGUCGUAUCGGCAUCCAAUCUCAAGUGCGACGAGAGCUCAGUCACGGGCGAGAGCGAUGCGCUAAGGAAGCGCUGUCUGGAGGAGGCCGACCAGGCCAACGCCGAUAGGCGCAAGGAGCGCCAGAGAAGGCGGACGGAGCUGCGCGCCAAGCGCCGCGACCAGCGGUCGGCAGCCCUGCGCAGCAAGGGCGAGAGCAUGGAGAUCGAGACCGAGGGCCAGUCGGGCGUAGAUGCCGACGAGUCGACCGAUGGCGAAAACGACCUGACCCACAAGGCCACGGUCGCCAGCGGUGCGCCUGCCCCCGAGAAGCCAAAGCCCAAGGCGUCCAGCAAGAACGCCGACCCGUUUUUGAUCUCGGGCAGCCGCGUGCUGGAGGGCGUCGGGCGCUGCGUGAUUGUGGGGGUGGGCGAAAAGUCAUUCUACGGCCGCACGCUGAUGUCGCUGCGCAAGGAGAACGAGCCCACGCCGUUGCAGGCCAAGCUCAACGAUCUGGCCGAGCUCAUUGCCAAGCUGGGCGGCGCCGCCGGUCUGCUGAUGUUCAUCGUGCUUAUCAUCAAGUACUUUGUGCAGUUCGGUCGCCAUGAGGUGUCGCAUGAGGCCACCAAGGUCGUCGACAACGUUGUGCGCAUCGUCAUUACUGCCGUCACCAUCAUCGUGGUGGCGGUGCCCGAGGGCCUGCCGCUGGCCGUGACGCUAUCGCUGGCUGUGGCGACCACCCGCAUGCUCAAGGACAACUGCCUGGUGCGCGUGCUUGCCUCCUGCGAGACCAUGGGCAAUGCCACCACCAUCUGCUCCGACAAAACCGGCACAUUGACGCAAAACCGCAUGACUGUCGUCUCGGGCUGCAUCGGCGACCAGUACCAGUUCAGCUCGUACCCGCCGGGCACCUCGGCCAUGCAGCGCCGUCGCGCCAGACAGCCGCCCUCGGACGGGCUGGUCACCGACAUGACUGGCCGUGCGGUUGCUCCCGACAAGGCCGUGCUUCCCACACUGCUUGAAACCGAGACCCGCCGCCAGCGCCGCCUGCGCGACCGUCGCCAGCGCCACCAGCGCCGCCGUCUGGGCCGCAUGGGCUCGUCGGGGUUCUCGUCAUCAAGCGCCAUGACGCCAUUGUCGGAUGCCUCGCCCAGUGUCUCGGGCAUCUCGGACCUCAGCGACUUCAGUGACGACGAGGACCUGAUCAUCCCCACUGCCGAGCUGGCCGAGGAGGCUCCGCAUGCGAUCAUGAGCCUCUGCCACGACGCAAUCGCCGUCUGCUCGACUGCCUUCAUUCCAGCCGACGACUCCUCGUCCGCCCCAGCCUCCCAUGUUGCUGCCAGCAACGCCAAGUCCCCCCUGUGGCGGCGCAUCCUUGGCCGCACUGGCAAAAAGGGAGCGCUGGCUAGCAACGAGGAGAGCAGCGAGGCCAAUGCGCAGGUUUCUAGCGCCGACAAGUUCACCGGGUCAAAGACCGAGACCGCCAUGCUGUCGUGGUCCGAGAUUCUGGGUGCCCCCAGCUACACGCAGCUGCGGGAGGACGAUGUUGAGCGCAGCGUGCAGGUGUGGCCGUUCAGCUCCGAGCGCAAGUCCAUGAGCACGCUUGUCAAGAUCCGCCGUCGCGAGGACGGCAAGUCCAUCUGGCGCCUGUACGUCAAGGGUGCUCCCGAGAUGGUGCUGGAGAACUGCCGCUGGGUGGUUGAUGUUGACGGCGCCUUCCAGAGGCAGGACCGUGAGGAAAUCAUGAACCAGCAGGCCAGCUCGAACCCCUCGAUGAGCAACUACAGCGGCGAUGAUGAGGACGCCCCCGCCUUCGCCUCUGUUGCCAUGCCCAGCAUCCCGCAAAUCAACCUCGAGAACGACAGCGACGAGGACAAUCUUGAGGUGCGCGGGCCGGCCGGCGAGCCGGUCCCGCUUCUGCGCGUCGACGCUACCGAAGACGACGAUUCGAGCAGCCCGAACAUGCCCGCGCUGGCCACCGGCGACUCGUCGUACCUGCUAUCUGCCCACUACACGGGCUCGCAGAACAUCGGCUCGGACACCACCGACGUCAACGACGACGCAUAUGCCCUGAACUUCCCGCCGGACUUUGCCCAUAACCCGGCGAUCCCGGCGCUGCCUCUGGACGACGAGACUCUGCGCGACCUCCGCCGCACCGUUGCCCACUACGCGUCGCGCGCCCUGCGCACCAUCGGCGUGGCCUACCGCGACUUUGAGAGCUUUGACGAGGCCCGGCUGGUGCAAAUGGAAAACGACAGCGAGCUGCGCGACUCGGCCGGUCUGGUCUGCCUGGGCAUCUUCGCCAUUGAGGACCCAUUGCGCGACGGGGUCACUGAUGCCGUCAGGCGCUGCCAGAACGCCGGCAUUAUCGUCCGCAUGGUUACCGGCGACAACGUGCUGACUGCCCGUGCCAUCGCCACGCAAUGCGGCAUUUACACGCCGGGCAUGGGCGGAAUCGUCCUGGAGGGCCCCAAAUUCCGCCGUCUGAGCCCCGAGCAGAUGGACGUCAUUGUUCCGCGCCUACAGGUUCUGGCGCGCUCGUCGCCCGAGGAUAAGCGCAUGCUGGUCGAGUGGCUGCGCACACACGGCGAGGUGGUCUCGGUCACUGGCGACGGAACCAACGACGGCCCUGCCCUGAAGGCUGCGAAUGUCGGCUUCUCGAUGGGCAUUGCCGGAACAGAGGUUGCCAAGGAGGCCUCGUCAAUCGUUGUCAUGGAUGACAACUUCAAGUCCAUUGUGCGCGCCUGCAUGUGGGCCUUCCAAAUCACCGUCAACGUCACUGCCGUGCUCAUUGCCUUUGUGUCGUCCAUUGUCGACAAGGAGCAAAAGUCGGUCUUCACUGCUGUCCAGCUGCUGUGGAUCAAUCUGAUCAUGGACACCUUUGCCGCCCUUGCCCUGGCCACCGACCCGCCCAGCGAGGAGCUGCUGGACCGGUACCCCGAGAAACAGGGCUCGCCCUUGAUUACCUUCACCAUGUGGAAGAACAUCAUUGGCCAGUCCAUCUUCCAGGUCGUUGUGUGCUUCCUGACUCUAUAUGCCGCCGACGACAUCUUCCACCUGCACACUGUCGAAAGCAGCUACGACAUGCUGGUUCUGCGCACUCUGGUCUUCAACACGUUUGCCUGGAUGCAAAUCUUCAACGAGUUCAACUGCCGUGUGCUGCACAAUGAGGUCAAUUGUUUCAAGGGCAUGCAAAAGAACAUGUUCUUUUUGUCCAUUGUGCUCAUAUCCGUCGUCGGCCAGGUCAUCAUCAUCCAGUGGGGUGGCGCCGCCUUCCAGACCACUGCGCUUAGCGCAAAGUACUGGGCCUUUUCAAUUGUCGGCGGAUUCGUUGCGCUGCCUGUCGGCCUAGUGCUGCGACUGGUUCCCGACCAGCUUAUCUGGUGGAUGAUGCCGUUCAUUCCUCAAGACAUCUACAAGACCCCCGCCAAUCUUGAGUGGCAGCCGCCAGCGCAAACUGUCCAGAGCAAGCUGAUUGGCGACAAUGGCAACCAGCGCCACGGCAAGGGCUCGGACGACGAGUACGACCAGUACAGCCCCCUGGCCGAUUCCAAGGGCAUGCAAAAGACCUCAGUGUUCAAGUUCGGCUCUGAGCUGUCCAAGCGCUUCCAGAAGCCCCGCGACACUGCCCGCACCCCAGGCCGCACCCCAGGCCGCUCCAGACAUGCUGUGCAGCCCACGCCACCUGACUCUGCAGUGAAUCAGGCCAGCGCCGAGGUUGAUUCUGCUACUAGCCCCCGGCUGGCGCGAGAGCCGCGGAAGCAGCAUGGACGCCGUGGCAGCGAUCAGCCGACCAAAAAUGUAUUGGCUGCUGCCAUGGUCCCCUCGAUGGUGGCCAGCAGCGUCGGCAUUGGCAUGUCCACCAGCGCCAUGCCGCCAAACAAGAUGUCCUUUGCCGACCUGGUCGACCAGGAACUCGAGAAAACCCCCAGGCCCCCUACACCCUAA